GGUCCUCUUUCAGCUGUCUCCAACCUCCGUGCUCAGUCAUCAAGCACCAACAUCACAAUCACCUGGGAUGCUCCCUUCUCUCUUAACCUCACCACAGCUGAACCAGACAUACAGUAUUGUGUGGAUGUGUACGAUAGUGUCACUGGUGUUCUACUACACUCUGAGUGUGGUAUUAUUGAGGAACAUUACACCUAUUCCCCUAGCAACCCCUGCUCGAUGUAUUGCAUUGUUGGUGACACCUAGGAGCAAUCUUGACGGAGCUCUCAAUGGAAGCAUUGCACGGUUUCAGGGAUUUUCAGUGCAGCCAGUAUCAGUGAUACAAGCUGAAGGCCUGGAGGCAGUGUUUGAGUGUUUGUACCCUGGAGCAACCGCUUAUAGUUGGGGACUCGAUAGAAUAUACCCACCUGCUGAUGCGUUUCCACCUGAUCUAACUCGUACCCCACCGUCUGGUAAUACUCCAGCAAGACUUUCUAUCCCAUCGACAGGGCAAUACAACAGCACUGUGGUGCAGUGUAGGGCUGUGCUUGAUGUGGGAGGAGAUGCACAGUUUGUGCAAACAUGUGAUGCUCUGUUGUUAGUACAAGGUCCACUGGGUUCUGUUACUGGACUGAGACUAGACAUGGUGACCUCUACUUCAGUGACUCUCACCUGGGAUGCCCCCUUCUCUCUAGACCUCACCACAGCUGAGCCAGACACACAGUAUUGUGUGGAUGUGCACAGUGUUCCUGGAAGACAACUGGUGGAGUCAACAUGUGACAUCAUCGACACUAAUAACACUUUCUCUACCAGUGAUCAAGACCAGUUAGUAUUUACAGUGACACCAAGAAGUAAUGUGGAGGGUAGUCUCAAUGGAACCUCCAGUGAACUAGUCGGACCUCCUUCGCAAGCUAACGACACGAUUACUGACAUCUCACCAUCGUCAUCUCUUCCUGAGUCUAUUCAACCACCCUCUAUUUAUACAGUAGCAGUGUCUUCAGGUGUGACAGCUGCGGUAGUUCUACUCCUACUCUUAGUUAUCGCCAUUUUAACAGCUGUUGUCAUAGUGAAACGAAAACAAAGGAACCACAAAGGUGAUGUUGUUGUAUCAGAUGGAAGAAUGGAUUUGUCAUCAACAUUGCCAGGAAUUGAGCAGCCUAACGAAGCUCAUGCUCCAGUGCUCAAUAAGAACAUUGUCUAUGAGCAGACACGGAUACCAAGACACAAUGCACGGUAGUAGCAAUGGAGGAUAGGAACACUGAGCCAAGUCAUGAGUACGAAGAAGUAUUAUCUCAGGGACAUUUUUAGAAUGAUUGAGCGUCACCUCACAUUAUUACAUAAUGUAGUUGUCCCAAAUACACGUAAAAUAAAUUGUGGUUACAUUAGUGUUGUUAUUU